AUGGCCGAGUCUGAUCUCGUCCGUCCUUCAACGUCGCAUUCCGGCGCCUCGGGCUUCCGGAGAAGGUUUCUUCUUUCAAGCCCGGGGCGACCUCGAACCGCAACUGGCCUCAACGACCCGAAAUUCACCUCCCCGUCGCCCGCUGGCUUGGCUGUCCGAGUCUGCAUCAAGUUUCAGCCUUCCUUGGAUCUCACCUACGAGAGACAGUACCAGUCAUCUUACGGAUUCGAGCCGACGGACCAACUAUGUCAAGCCCUUAUACGCCGCUUAACCCACUGCUCCCAUGAGCUUCUCACCCGCAGAGAUUCAACCGCCCUCGAGCGGACCAUCCCGCAAAUCGGCGAAGGGAAGCCGCUUCGAUUUGAGUUGACAUAUCAGAUUUACCGCGGCGGUUCGGAACCAUGGGCUACGAAAACCUUCAGAUCGUACCAGAAGUACCCCAUGGACAAGCCAUCUGCCAUGGAGAUCGCUCGCUCCACCGAUCGAAUCAUCGGUUCUUUCAUAAAGCUUCACGACAAGACCUUCAGAUGGACGCAUGGCAGGACACGUGAGCGAUCCUCUAGCGAACUAGAAAUCCUUAAACCUUUAAGCAACCCGGUCUCCCUUCUGCACGUCCCCCAGUCGCGUUUUAUUGACGCUACCCAAGAUUGGGAGUUCGUUCCCGGCUACGAGAUCACCCUGUCCUUCCGGAGUCGAUGCAAGUCACGGAGGCAAAGAGAAUGGCAACGCAACAUCACGCUAAAGAGCAAGCAGAGCUCCCCGCUAACUUUAUCCCAUGGAGAGGAUAUGGCGUGGGUUCUGUCAACAGCAAUGCAACGUGCUUUGGAUGCUAGAAAAAUGGCUUUCGAUAGACAUCAUCGUCAGUCUCAUGACAGAUUCGACUUCCUGGAUGAGUCUCAUCACUCUGAGCAGAAUGCCGUCCACGUUGGAUUUCAAAUACGGAACCAACUCGGACUGGACCACAGGCACCUCCGCCGCGAGCUCGACAGCAACCUGCUCCUCUUCGAGCACCCCGACGGUCUCGAUUGCGAACAGUUUCUGAGCCAGCUUGAACAUGCCUUCGAAGCGGUGCGAGACGAUACUGACAAAGAAAUGAAUGAAAUGGAUGAUCUCAGAGUCACAGUCUACGAGUUGUCCGGGCGUGGCUGGAAAACUGAGAAGCCAUUUGCUGUCUGCCUCGACUCGACUGCCUGUUAUUCCCGGAGGACGGUCAAAGCCAUUUUGGACAGAGUGCAGACUGGCGUGGCGGAUAUCCUCGGAGGCAACGAUAUGAGUAUCACCCUCAUGGUUCACAAGCGUGGUCACCUGGUUUUGGACAAGACUCUCGUGGCCCGUUCGCCGUACUACGCGACGGGACAGCGCCAAGACGACGAUCCUGAGACUGUGAGGGAGAAUUUCGUGUCGAAACUCAAGAGCCGAAUCCAAUCCGACGUUGCUCUGGUGGUGAAAGACACGUGCGCGCUCUACGACUCUGAGCCACAGAAUAUUCGCGUUGUCGAGCGUCCAGUUCCCGCAGCGAAUGACCCUGCAGAGAUGGAAGCCUUACCGUCUAGUAGCCCGCUCCCGAUCCCGACGCCCAAUGGGGCCGUGCCGGAUUCUUUCGAUGGCAGCUUCAAUGAGUCGUCCGAACCUUCGAUCCUCGAAGAUGAAACGCUUCAGAAUAGCAGUGGGGUUGAAACGAUUACCGAAAGCGUCAAUGACACCGUGGGGCCCUUGCAACAGCCUGAAACUCCAGCCAAAGCAAUCGUUUUCAAGGAUCAGCUCGACUGCGGUCGAAGCAGUCUGUCCUUCUCGAUGACUGAGGACGGCGAAACUACAUAUCCUUCGUCGUCGUCUACUCCAAGCCUUGCCGACGGUGACAUUGGUACGCCCCACGACAGCCUAUUGAUCACGCCCACGUUUAUGCGGACGCUCUCGGGAACCCCUCAACACUUUGACGCAGACCCGAACAUUGCUGGUUCAGAGACUUCCGACAGCGAGCUUAUCGACGACUCAUUGGUAGGGCCGCCGACACCGACGAUGCAGCGCUUCAACGGCCCACGACAGUUCAGCUUGUUGGGCAAAGGCAGUCGGUCUGUUUCCAGACAGUCUCUGGCAUCGACCGACUCUGGUUCCGAGCAGCGGUCGCUCAACGACUUGGAACCGUUGCCUUUGUCAGAAUCAGAGGAUGUCGUCGUCCAGGCUAAAGAAGUCGUGUCGGAGUCGGAGCCCGAGGUUGAGUCUACCGCCGCCCGCUUGCCGGUUUCGCUUGCCGCAAAGGUCGAACAGCCACCUCAAGUGCCUGCUCUCGAGGGUUGGCUCGAAUACUGCUGCGAACCCGUCGACGCUGAGGAACGAUCUGUUGAGGCGGAGCCGACAGCAUCGCUUGAACCCGCAACCCACGAGGUCGACGAGUCGACAACAAGAGAGCAGCCAGUGAUUGUCGUUACUCCAGAUGUACCACGCGCCAGACCUUCCACCCCUCCCCGAUGCUUCGAAGGCUUCCUAGAAUACUCUAUUGAAACCAUCGUUGAAGAGGACGAGGAUGAAUCUGAAGCGGAGUUCCAUGACGCAGACUCCGCGUCUGCCAUAGCCGUCUUGUCGAGCCCUUCAAGCUUUGCAACCGCAACGGAGACUGGACUGAACUCUCCCGUUAACUUCGAACACGGGGCACCUUCGCCGCUGAUCCUCGACUCUACAACGGCGUCACCCAACCGGGUUGGUUCAGCUUCGCCUUCGUUCGAUCUUGAAAAAAGAGCUCUGCCAUCAGCUGUUGAGGUGAUGGUGUCCGGUUCUCUGUUUGAGGACGUGACAUCCACUCUGGCUUCGACUGUCAAAGUCGAUUCUUGUACGUCUUCCACUGACACGAUCGAACCUACCUCCGCCCCUCGCGUUCCUGAGGCAAUCGAGCCUUCCUGUGUAUCCAAAGCAUCUGAGGAUUAUCCUUCCGAGGGUGCCGAGGACUCUCCUGUUUCUAAAACAAACGAGCCUGCUAUCAUCCUCGACGCUCUCUCUACCCCCGAAGCUGCUGAGCCGUACCCAAUUCCCUUGGAGCCCUGCGAGCCGACUCUUGAUCCAUCCGAGCAGAUAAACAGAGAUUCACCACCCCUAGUCCUGACCGCGGCCCAGUCCGUCUCGGUCGAAGCGCCUCGCACGCCGACUUCGGACUCGGCGCCCUCGUUCAGCGACAAAGAUGAAGCUCGUGAACCAUCUACCCCGCCGUUGAUGACUGAAACUGAGGACUCUGACUAUUCAGAACCUUCGGAGCCUACCGUACCGUUCCCCGAAUUCCCCACCGAUGCCGCCAUUCACGACGAAACGAUGUCACUCUCGCACUGGUCGCCGCAGAGACGAUCAUUCAUCUUCGACGACUCGAGCGACAGCUAUCUGAGUCACAUGCGCAAGUUUUCUAUCCCUCGCCCACUGUUUGCCCGCCCCAACUCGAGUAUGGCAUCCCUCGGCGGCUCAUUCGCCCACAAGCGUCAAUUUUCCUCGCCGACUGCAGGUUUCUUUGGUCUCCAAGAGCCGCGUCGUCUCAACAUUGGUCUGCGUGGUGCUUUGAUCGGUAUCAGAGCGUUGCAGAAUCAGGGAAAGCUAGAGCGACGGCCAUCGCAAGUGUUGUUGACGCUCGAGAAUGACAGGGGCAUGGUUCUUGUGCCUGGUAACAGUCGACGCAAUAGCGAAACUAGAGGAAUUGGAGGUGCAGGUGUAUUGGGAUUGGGCAACGCUUAUGCGUUUUGA